UUGAGUACAGUGGAGGGAGGACUAGUUCCUUCUUUCAGCUAACAAUAAAAGCUUUGAUUCUUGUAAAUUUAGAUGUAAAAGAAUGUAGUACCUGUUAUAGCCAAGAAAGACUUAGGGAAAGCUACACGUCUGUUGCUCUUGUUUUAGUGAAGUGGUGCAAGGACAAGAGGUUUCGUACCACAAGAACUUGAUUAAGAAAAGACUAUGGAAAAGACAACUUUGCUCUUAGUAGCGUUGGUGUACAUGCUGCAGUGUGUCUCUUCUGUUCCAAAGCCCAGCAGUGACUCACUCCGGUUCAUUGCACUUGGAGACUGGGGUGGUCUACCACUGCCACCUUAUUUCACCCCAAUCGAAAAAGCUACUGCUUAUGAGGCUGGAGUUGUGGCAGACAAGCUGGGAGCAGACUUCAUCCUAGCACUGGGGGACAACUUCUACUACAGUGGUGUAGCCAACAUUUAUGACAAAAGGUUUCAGGAAACCUUUGAACAAGUAUUUACAGCAGAGUCCUUGGAAGAAGUGCCGUGGUAUGUUGUAGCAGGAAACCAUGAUCACUCUGGCAAUGUCUCUGCACAGAUUUCCUACUCCCAUGUUUCUGAACGAUGGAACUUCCCAAAUUAUUACUAUGAGUUGAACUUCAAAAUCCCAGGUACGAACAUGACGCUGACCAUUCUCAUGAUUGACACUGUCCUACUGUGUGGCAACUCUGAUGACUUUCAGGAUGAGCAGCCAGUGGGUCCAGUCAACUCAGCACUGGCUAAUUCUCAGUUACGGUGGAUCAAGAGGAAGUUGGCCAAGUCCCAGGCAGAUUACCUUGUUGUGGCUGGCCACUACCCAGUAUGGUCUAUUGCAGAACAUGGUCCAACUAAGUGCCUAGUGAACAAACUGCAACCGCUGUUGAACAAAUACAGAGCCACAGCUUACUUCUGUGGCCAUGACCACAACCUGCAGUACUUGAAGGAGGCAUCUGGUGUGGGCUAUGUGCUUAGUGGUGCGGGAAACUUCAUGGAAUACUCCGUUGACCACAUUCAUGAUGUGCCCAAAGGCUCCCUGAAGUUUUACUAUGCUGACCCUCGCUCUCUGGGGGGCUUUGCCCAUGUGGUAGUCAAUAAAAAGCAAAUGAUUGUCACAUUUAUUGAAGCCAAUGGCAGAUCUUUAUACCAGACAGUUCUACCAAGACGUUCCAUGAUGUAGCUACUAAAUUCUGAACUUAGGCAGUGUCUCUCUAUCAUUAGAGUCUAGCCUGAUAUCUUUAAUUUUUUUUCCAUAGCGUAGAUGUCUAGGAAAAAAGAAAACCAAGAGAGGGGACAGAAAAGGCUAGCUUAUAUUUUAAACAUGUAUAUGGUGUGUUACCUAGGUAGAAAUCACAAAUACCUACAAACACCAGACUGGACGGCAAACUAUGAGAAGUGAUAUAAAAACAAACCCAGAUGUAUCUGUGACUGACCAUAAACUACUACAUUUUGGUAAUAUUUUUAUAAUCUUUUCUUUUUGGGUACAUGUUCCUUGCCCAAGUGAUUGUUGAAACUUGCUUUUUAAAUUCUGUGAAUUUUGUCACUUGCAUCUGAUGUCAGUUUUCAUGUAUUCCACAAUUUGUGUUCGGAUCUGACACUCUGAUCCAACCCGGACAUUAUUCCAGCUCAUGGAGACGAACAAACUCUUGAGUUCCUUUCCUAUCCAUAAUGCACCAAGCCUAACUCUCCUUAGAUCUCGUUUGCCGCUUUUGCGGCAAGAUGUAGUUGACAACUGCUUUCAAGCAUUGGUGUUAAACCUAAGUCUUUUUUUCUUAACAAUUUUUUACAAAUUUCUCCGUACUAUCUAAACCUUUAAUAAUGUUAAUAAUAAUAAUAAUAAUAAUUAAAUGUCUUGUCCCUGUCGGUGUCAUUUUCUUCUUUUACUCCUUAUUGCUGUAAAAACACUUGAGUGUACUCUUCCUGCCAUUGUUAGUAGGUCCUUUCCAAACCUUAUAUAUUUCUGUGUCUUCAGGGAAUUAUUUCUCAUUUCUGACAGAAAAAAAAAUAUUUGCUGGCCAUUUUUCUCUCUGCCCUUUAUCAGAGUUCUUGGCUGUUGUCUAGUUAUAUGUUUACUGAAUUGACAGAUAUGUCAGAAAAAGGUUUAAAGAAAUGUAUGAACUGUGGGCACAAAAUGUCCUUUACUGAUGCCCACCCCAUGUUUACUGUUUGGGGCUGAACAUUUGGAUAAAGAUUACGAUAUUUGUAGUGGGUUUAACCUUCGAGCUCUCACCGAGAGGCAAAAUAAGUUGAUUUUCAAAAAAGCCUUUUACCAACCACUUUUUCUCAGGCCAUCGCUGGAGUUCAAUCUCCUAAAUCUAAGUUCAAAGACCUGUCAAAAAGGUGCAGAUUUUCUGACUUACUCCUUCUACUUCAUCUGAGCCAAAGAAAAAGAAAUCCAAAUCGGAUCCGACAUCACCUGUAAUCAGGCCAUCUUUGGAUCCAACAAAGAUUCUGGCAGUUCGUUCCAUUCCGAGGAAUGUACCAAGUACCAGAAGUUUUUGCCCAGGACAGUUUAUUCACCCUCAGUAGACCCAAUACUAUCAACGGAGCCCUCCCCUUUUCUUGAGCAGCACUCUAGGCCCCCAUCUGUCAUCGCAUUACUCCAGAAGUAUUAGAGGCUGAUGUUCAAAGGAUGGUGAGGAAACUGGUCACAGAGUAAUUUCAGAAGGAAGUCUUCACAGUUCCUACCCCUUUGGGUCAGGGACAUCAUCCAGUGAUGACUACCGCUCUGACCCAAGCUGUGGGAUUGGAGUCCUCAGAUCCAAGUGUUCCAGGCCCUUCUGAGUCAGAUCCAAAGAGAGUUUUCUCUUCGGAUCCGACAGUUACUCUGAGCAUUUUGGUUCUGAUGUCUUUGGAACCAGAAUGCUGUUUUAGCCAAAGCUUCCAGGUCAGAUCCAAGGGGAUAGUCAACUCCAAAGUUUGUGGAGCAGACUCUUCCUGUCAGAGCUUUGACGUCGGACAGCUCGGCUCUGGCUUCCACCUCAGGCAGAUAGCUCUCAGAGCGGAAGGAGCUUGCAUGCCAAAAAUUCUCUCUGGAACAGUCAGCUUUCAAGGUUGUGAAGCGGGUUUUCUCUGCUCCAGCAGGUCAAGCAGGUCCCCCCCCCCUCAGAUCCAUUUUUGACAUCUCCGCUGUAUUUGUCCCAUGAUCCUCAGUAUUCUGCGCCACCUGGACAGCCAACCCAAAGCUUCCAGACCACCCAGCCAGGUAUUGUUAUCUCCUCUGAUAUUUCUCUGGAUCAUCCCACUGAAGAAGUCCCUAGGAAGAUGAAGUGCAAGAGGAGGCACUUGGACUUCCCCCAGAAGUCUGUCACCUUGGACACAGACUUUGGUGAGGAAGGGUCUUCCAAAUCACCACCUGAUGAUGUCUCGUUUGGAGACAUCCUUGAGGACCUAAAACAGAAGCGUAGUUGGUCUGCCCAAAAUCUGUAUUUCUGGAAGCAUUCAGGCCUGGCCCGUCUACCUCCUGGGUCACUCCACCCGCCUAUGAACUCCUUGAUUUGGUUACUAGGUGGGUGUGGAAGGCACCUGAUGUGAUUGAGCCAAUCCCCAAGAGAAUGGAUAGGAUUCUGGCUCCACCAGUAGAGAGAGAGCAUUGGAGUAAGGAAGUUCCGGUUGAUGCCAUGGUGGUGGCGGUAGUACAUAAAAGGAACUCAUGGAACAGAGUUCCACUGUCCACAGCCUUAGUAGAGAUUCUAAGGCUCUUGACAGAUUUGGGAAGAGAGUGUGUGCAUCUGAUCGCUGAACUAUUGGGCACAGUUCACGAGCUUGCAAAGGGACUUAAUUAAGGAACUUUCAAACUCCUUUUCAGGGACCACUUCUGCAGACUCUCAAACUUCUGUGGUUGCACAGCUGGCUACCCUUCAGUCUAUUGCAAAUUCGUCCAUGCUCAUCUUGCAUGUGGCAGAAGGCACCUCAAGGGCUGCAGGUUCAGGCAUUUCCAUCAAAAGGUAUGCCUGGAUGGGUCUGUGUGAUUUUGCAGAGCCCCUCAAGUCCUUAUUCAUCAAUGUUCCUUUUGACUGCACUUCUUUGUUUUGGCCUCACAGUGAGGGACACACUCUCCAGGUGUGAGAAAGACUGAAAGACCCUACUUCCCGUGGUCAUACAUUUUUCGACCUCUCGAAGGACCUUUUCCAGGAAUCGGUGGGGAGGUCAAAAGAUGCAGGUCAAGACGUCCCAAGGUCCUUUCCAGGACACAGGUGGAGAUGGUUCCCCCAGACAUAGAGGGGGAGCUAUAAUGGAAGGUGAUGCCCCCAUGGUAGAGGAGGCCCACAAAACCAGAAGUCUAGAGAUUUCUUUUCUGACAGACCCUUUCAGCAUUCCUGAAUGGAGGCCCAAUUGCCUGCAUCUGGAGGCAGUUGGGUGUCACUUAUCCCUGCAACUAGCCUGGUUAAACAUAAACGACACUUGGGUGCAGAGGAUCAUUUCCAGAGCUUAUACUAUUCACUUUUCCCUCCUGUUACCCAGGAAUAUCCCCAAUGUUCCACCCAAUCAAAGAGAAACACCAGAACUGGAAAUAUAAAAGUUACUAGAAAGAGUCAUCCAAGAUGUCCCUCCAGACCAAAUAGAAUCCGGAUAUUACUCGAGAUUCUUUUUAGUGCCAAAGAAAACCGGGGACUGGAGAUCAAUUUUAAAUCUCAGUGUGUCAAACAAAUCUGUUUGACACACCAAGUUCCAGAUGGCCAUGGUUGUCUGUUCUGCCAUUCCUGAGCAAGGACAACUGGAUGUGCUCAGUAGACCUUCAGGAUGCAUACCAUCACAUAAAAAUGAACAGACAUUGUAGCAGGUAUGGCCCCCAGGGUGUUCCAAGUGUGUGGCAGUGGUGUCAGCUCUGUAGGGAUUCUGCAGGUUUCCAUACCUGGACGACUGACUCGUUACUGCCCUGACUAGGCAUCAACUGGUACAAGCCUGAGACUGUGUGUUGCAGACUUGUUCAGUUCUUGGAAUAACUAUCAGUCAUAACAAAUCACAAUUACAACCUACCCAGUCACUGGAGUUCAUAGGAGCAACAGUUCAACACAGUCUCUAUGGUAGCAUCACUUCCCUUUUGAGAGUACAAACUUUAUGAAGUCAGGUCAAGAAAAUAAAUUGCAGUACCAAAAUUUCAGCGAUGUUGAGUCUACAGGCCACGUGCUCAAUGUCAGUGGCAAUAGUCUUAGCUCCUUUAGCAAGAUAUCACAUAAGAAUUCUGCAAUGGAUGUUACAGACACAACAGUCAAUUCUGUCUGUCAACCUUUGUUGAAGAUAAAAAUAACUCAGGCAUGCAAACACAGUCUUUCCUGGUGGAUGCAGUCACAACUGCCAUUGUUAGGCCGCCCUGUCAUUCUCCAUCAGCUCAAUGCCACAUUGACCACAGAUACUUCCCAGAUUGGGGGGGGCAUUUUCUGGGGAACCAAGGUGCUUGGUCCCCUGAGAAGGCCAACUUGUGUAUCAGUGUUCUGGAAAUGAGAAAUGAGUGCUUUUGGCAUUGCAAGCAUUCCAAAACUCUUUCCUUCUCUGAAUGAUUACGAUCCAAAUGGACAACAUGUCAGUGGUUUGGUACAUAAACAAGGAGGAACCAGAUCUUGCCCCCAGUGUCAAGAAGCCCUAAGGGGUAUGACAAUAGGCAAGUUCUUCCAACCACUUUCUAACUGCAGCUCAUAUUCUGGGGAAGUUCUGCAUGAUAACAGACAGUCAGAGCAGGUCUAUAUUACUACCUCACAAGUGGUCCUUCAGACAUGAUUUUCCAUCAGUGUUGCCAGCCGUGCAACAGUCUGUUUACAUCUCCUCUAAACAACAAGUGCAGGAACUUCUUUAUCCUAAUCCCCUCUCUGGGGGGAGUCACUGCUGGAUGCUCUCCACCAUAUUUGGUCCCCUGGUCUCCUAUACACUUAUCCCCCGACUAUUUUAAUUCCCAAAUUUCUACAGAAAGCAACCAGGUUGCCUCAUUGCACCUUACUGGCCUCGACAAAUUUGGUUCGCCUUCCUUUGGCCUCUUCUGUUGUACCCACCUUGCAUUCUGGAUCUGACUCCAGACCCUCUGUCUCACUUGACAGGCAUAAUUCACCCAGACAUGACAAACCUCAAGCUAACUGCAUGAUUUCUCCAAUUCCAUUGAUAGCCAGGAAACCUGUGCUGUCUUUUCCUAUCCGUUCCAUUCUGUUGUCAUCCCAUAAGCCCUCUACGAGAAAACUUUACAGAAGCAAAUGGAGAAGAUUUGUUUGUUGGGCAGAGCAGAAUCAAGUAGAACCUUUCUCAGCUCCGAUACAUUCUGUUAUUGAAAUUUUGGCAAUUUUAUUUAAUGAGGGAGCUAGUUCAUCCACCGUCAAAGUCCAACUUGCAGUUAUGUCGCAUUUCCAUAUGGGGUUUCAGAAUUCCUCCCUAGCAUCCUCUAAACUGUGCAAGGCAUUUCUGAAGGGUACUCUUCUACUCCGUCCUCCUUUCAGAGAUACUAUACCACCAUGAGAUUUGGUACUGCAAGCCAUAACACAGUCCCCCUUUGACCCUGCAGCUAAGUCUUAUCUAAAAUUCUUAACCUGUAAGACUAUCUUUGUAGUUAUGGUUACAUCAGCUAGAAGAAUUUCAGAACUUCAAGCAUCAUCUUCUAAGCCCCCUUAUUUAAUUUUCCAGGACAGGGUUACUGUACGUACCAGUGCUUCCUUCGUACCUAAGGUGUUGUCAGAAUCCAACAUUAACCUACCAGUAUUAUUCCCAAGUUUCGCAAAUGGAAGAAAGUAUAUGUUGCACUUGCUGGAUGUUCAUAGGCAGUUGCAUUUCUACCUGCAUAGAACAAAACAAAUUAGAAAGAGACCAGCUUUUUAUUUCCUUUACGCAUCACAAGAUGGGUGAAUCAGUCACACAGGUAACUAUUGCCAGAUGGUUCACAGAUUGUAACUAAUUUGUUUACACUAAAUUGAAUCUCCCCUUCCAGAAACAUUAAAGGCUCGUUCAACCAGAUCUAUGGCUACUUCCACUGUAUUCCAAUCAAGAACAUCCAUGGAUAACAUUUGUGUGGUUGCUACUUGGUCAAAUCCUCAUACCUUAAUCACUCAUUACAAAUUGGAUCUGGUCUCGAGGGGAAGAGGGUCCUUUGGCUCAACUGUAUUCAGAAAUAUCCUUCGUUAGAGUUCACCAAGGAAAUUAGGUAGUUGGGGACUCUGUCCCAUAAAUUGAGGAAUGAAUGAAAAUUGACAUCAGAUAAAGAAUGUACUUAGCAUAAUGUUCCAUCUGUGUUGUCCAUUUUCAUUUUUAUUAUCUUUCUCUCAAGAUGUAUAUAUUAUCUGAGGGGAGUUGGGCUUGGUGCAUUGUGGGUAGGAAAAGAUUGGUGCAUUGUGGGUAGGAAAAGAGAUGGAGAGUUUUUGUUGCCACGAACUGGAAUAAUGGCAGUGUCAGAUCCGAACCUAUAUGUUGAAGAAUGAAAAUGGACAACACAGAUGGAAUGUUGUGAUAAGUACAUAACUUUUUCUUUCUUUGAUUGAUGGUUCCAUUGCAUUCUGGGGGCAGACAAGUCCACGUUAGGGUCACUGUGUGCAAAACUUUAGAAAGGAACUGUCAUGCCAGCGUUAACCAAUACAAGUACUUAACUGGAGAUUAUUGUUAAAUUUGUAAAUGUGUAAAGUAAAAUAAUGCUUUCUUAAUUUAUUCUCAUCGGCACUUACUUUAGAAUAUCUGGAACUCUAACUCUGGGAUGAUCAAACUUUGUAGUGGGUUUUGCUGUCACAGGUACAAGACCAUUCACUGGCUGUCUAAAUUUAUUGCAUACAUUUUGUGCUUUGGAACUUUUUUGCUAUAUGUAAAUGGCUAUGUAACAUUUGGCAAAAAUCAGAUACCAGUUCUCAAAUCCCAUACCCACUUUUAUUUGAAAUGUGCACAGCCCUUACCAGAAGGAAUUAAGUAGUAGGACUUCUACUGUCUCCAGUGUGUGGUGGUCAGUAUUUCAUAUGGACCCCUAUUAUCAUGGUAAACAGCUACCUAAUUUUCAGAUAAGGGAAACCAUUUGGCAGUGCUGUUAAACAUUGUUUGGAACAUGCCUAGCUACCUCUGGAUGAAAUAGAACCUGUCAUACUCUGCCUUCCUACAGAAGUACAGAGUCUAGGUUUUUAUUUUUACUUCAUUUAUCAUUUUGAUAUUUGUGGAGACUUAUUUGCAAGAAAUUCAUACUUAAACAAGUAUGUAGUCUGCAUUUCCACCUUUCAGUGUGAACAUGUUUCUUGUAUAAUCACAAAGAACAAACAAUGACAAUGUUUUAACUGUUAUAAUGUGCUGAAUGUAUUUACUUCUUAGGUGUUAUCAGUAUGAUUGUUUGUUUUUAAUUAGUCUGGCUUGCAUGUUUAGUUUUGCUGAGUAUGCACUCUUUCCAAGUUUUGCACUUUUUCUAAAUGUUGCAUACUUUUAAAAUAAAAUUUAAAAAAAGUUUCAAAUAAAACCUUUAAAGAUGAGCAA